AACUGAGUCCCGCCCCACAGCUGCCCGGGUCUGGACCCCGCCCCCCUCUGGGUUAAGAGUCCGGGGGGAGCGGGGCGCCUGGUCCAGACAAUCUCAAGCAGGGUGGCCGACGUGGUUACCAUGGCGACAGCUCCAGUGACCCGAACCCUGGCUGGGGUGGCCGCGGCUGCAGGGGUAGGGGUGGGAACCGGGGCAAAUUCGCGGCUCCGAGCUCUGGGGGUUUCCCGUAGAUUCAGCAGUAGUGCUAGGCGCCGGGGAUCCGGGGGUGCCAGUCCUGGUCGUCGCCUCAGUACUGCCCGGGUCCGGACCCAACCGCCGCGAGAGGAGGUCGAGCGCGGUCCCGAAGAGGCGGUAGGUGACAGGGGACCUCCUCCGGGAGUGGGUCCGCCUGCAGCCGCCACGCUCCCGGGGCCAGCAGCCACGCCGCCGCCGCCGCAGCAGAAGCCGCCGCCUGCUGUGGCCCCAGCGCCGCGCUCCAGCCACUCGCUGGUUCAGCGGGACAUCCAGGCGUUCCUGAGCGAGUGUGGAGCCAGCCCCGGGGAGGCGAGGCAUUGGCUCACACAGUUCCAGACCACCUAUGAUUCGGCGGACAAACCUUUUGCCAUCAUCGAGGUGGAUGAAGCUGUGUUCAGGUGCACAGAGGCAGUCCUAAGUCUGGCCUUCGCCCUAGCCUUCCUGCAACGGAUGGAUAUGAAGCCACUUGUGGUUCUUGGACUCCCAGCACCCAUGGCAACCUCUGGCCGCCUUUCCUUCUGGGAGGCCAAGACUCAAAUGGCUCAAAGCUGCAAGAUCCUUGCGGACUCCCUUAGACACAAUGCAGCCACAGCCGUGCCCUUUUUUGGGGGAGGGUCUGUGUUGAGCGCUGCUGAACCUGCCCCCCAUGCCACCUAUGGUGGCAUUGUCUCUGUGGAGACAGACCUGCUAAAAUGGUGCCUGGAGUCGGGUAGCAUCCCCAUCCUGUGUCCUAUUGGCGAGACAGGUGCCCGGCGCUCUGUGCUGCUCAACUCCUUGGAGGUCACUGCCGCUCUGGCCAAGGCCCUGCUGCCCACCAAGAUCAUCUUUCUCAACACCACAGGGGGACUCCGAGAUGCUCAUGAGAAGGUUUUGAGUAAUGUGAACUUGCCAGCUGACCUGGACCUAGUGACAAAUGCCCAGUGGUUGAACCGCAAGGAGAGGCAGCAAAUUCGGCUCAUUGUGGAUGUGCUGAGCCGUCUAUCCCAUGACUCCUCAGCUGUUAUUACAUCUGCCAAUACCUUACUUACAGAACUCUUCAGCAACAAGGGAUCAGGGACCCUCUUUAAGAACGCCGAGCGGAUGCUCCGAGUAGACAGCCUGGAGAAGUUGGAUCAGACACGUUUGGUGGACCUUGUAAACGCGAGUUUUGGCAAGAAGCUUCGGGAUGACUAUUUGGUCUCUCUUCGACCACGUCUGUACUCCAUUUACUAUUCUGAAGGGUACAAUGCUGCAGCCAUCCUGACUACUGAACCUGUGCUGGGGGGCACCCCAUACCUGGACAAGUUUGUGGUGAAUUCUAGCCGGAAAGGCCAGGGCUCGGGUCAGAUGCUCUGGGAGUGCAUGAGGCAGGAUCUGCAUCGACUUUUCUGGAGAUCCCGUGUCACCAAUCCUAUCAAUCCUUGGUACUUUAAGAACUGUGAUGGCAGCUUCUCCAACAAACAGUGGAUCUUCUUCUGGUUUGGCCUGUCUGAUAUCCGUGACUCCUAUGAGCUGGUUAACCAUGCCAAGGGACUACCUGACUCCUUCUGCAAACCUGCCUCUGACCCAGGCAGCUGAUAAGAACCAUCAACCCUUCACGCCCCAGCCCAACUAAGGGCACACUCAUGAGCCAUGCUGAGGUAGUGGUCCCCAGGAAGUUAGGAGGCAAGCCUAGGCUUGCUGGCUGAGGAACUCGAAAAGAAAGGGAGAGGGGAAGGCCUUGAGGCCCUUGUACUCUGGGGAGGGGAAGGAGCCAGUGAAGUAGCAGAAAUAGGGAGGCUGGCUCAGCUGGAGGGAGUAUGGGUACUGCCAGCUAUUCCAAAGCAACUGAUGCCUAGCCCUGAAAACCCAUAUCCUGUCAGGGCUCCUAGUUGGCCCUGGCCAAUUGAUAUGUGGGUGAAAUACACGGCCACCUCCAUGUGUGAUCCAAGGUUUCCUGUCCGCAGAUGCCUCGCCUACCCUAUAUUUCGCCAUUUAAGAUAAGUUUUUCCAGUCUUAGAUUUGAUUUCUCUUGAAUCUCCUAUUUAAAUUUUUAGCUUUCAGAAUUGGGCAAGGUGGGGUGGGAGGAGGAACAAUUGACAAUGAAAGAGAGCAAAGUCCUGAGAGAAUAGGACACAGAAGAGUUUCCUGGGUUUGGAAAGAAAAAUAGCAAAGUGGGAGCAUUUUCUUUUUUAAACCUUACCUUCUGCCUUAGAAUCACUACGAAGUACUAGCCCCAAGGCAGAAAAGCAGUAAGGAGUAGGUAACUGGGGUUGAAUGACUUGCCCAGGGUCAUAUAGCUAGGAAGUAUCUCAGGCCAGAUGUGAAUCCAGGACCUCCAACCCUAGCUCUCUAUCUACUGAGCUACUUAACUGCCCUAGGCUCAUUGUUUUUAGAGCCAAACUCUGUUGAUCAAGACUUUGCCCCUCAUGAAAAGACUCUACUCUUACCUUCCAUAAGAGUGCAGGGCAGAAAAAGAAGUCAUCAAAAAAAAAAAAAGAAAAGCAGAAGUGAUCCAUCUACAGUUCCCAGUGAACUUCAGGCUAAGCAACAGCCUCAAGUCCUACUCUCUCUAUAGCCCAAGAUCUCCUCCCCACUAUAAAACUUGCCUUCCUGAUCCAAACAGGGCAAAACAGGCCUCUGGAGAGACCCUCCUUCAUUUCCCCUCCUGAAAAGCCAAAAGCUCAGAUCCAGUAAGUGCAGAAAGCAACAUUUCUCCUGUAAAAGCUGCUAAAGUAACAUCAAAUUGCCAACAUCAGCUGACAGAGAAAGGAAGAGUCUGACCUAUCUACAUUUUCAUUUUAAAAACUCAGAUGACAGGCUAAAUUUUGAGUUUUGAAAGUGGGGCUAUUUGCCAGUAUCUAUAAGCCAGGCCACAGCAGGAGCAGAUGCCCAAGUUCCAGUGAGCCAGGAGUCCACCCCAGCCAUUGUCAUCUUUACCUUUCUGCACAUUUGGACAGAAAUAAGUCCCUUACUCUUUAGUUACACAAGAAAAUAGGUCUCUACAUAUUUCUUCAUAAUUUUUUCUAAAUCCUUACCUUCCAUCUUAGACAAUACUGUGUAUUGAACCCAAAGCAAAAGAAAGGUGAGAGCUAGGAAAUAGGUAUUGAUUUGCCCAGAGACACAUGGCUAGGAAGUAUCUGCAUCCAGAUUUGAACCGAGGAUCUCCUGUCUCCAGGCCUGCUUCUCAAUCUAGUGAGCUACCUAAUUGCCCUUUAUAAAUAGUUAUUUAAAAAAAAAAAGAUUUGAAGAAUACGGAUUGGGGAAUUUACUUGAGUGGUAGCAGGAAAAAAUUAAGUGAUCCAUCAGGAAACACUCAAACUGAAGAACAAUAAUGGAAUUGAACCAAAGGUUGUGGGUAGGGGGAUUUUAGAGUGGAACUUCAAAAACAGAGGGCAGUCUUCUCUGACAGGUUACAAAGUGGGAGGCAAGAGUUAGAAGAUAUAAUCUGGAGUAAAAAACCAACUCAUAGCAAAGAUACCUUCAGGGAAACUAGGAAAGCAAAUUCAUAAAGUAUGUUUAUUUCUGGAAUAUGGCAGAGUAUACUGAAUGUGGGGCAAGGAAAAGGACAGGAAGAGAGGUGCUCUUGUCCCCAGGAAGCUUAUCCCACAACUAGGGGCAAAGAUGUGGCAGAGCCUGGAGAAGAUUUCAAAAAAAAAAGUAGGGAUAGUGGUUUGGAGAACAGUUGUCCUGUACUGAAUCACCUAAGCCUGGGCCCCAGCCAAGGAGGAAAAGUGAAACACAUUGGUGAAGGGAGCUGACAGGUAUUGCCCCUGUCCUCCAGAAACCCAGAGAACACUUGAAACUUGAACUGAAUUGGGUCAGUCUCCUUGGCUACUUGAAUCUGGUCAAUGCUGCUGGACAGAUAUACUGAUGGGGACAUAUACAUAUAUGCACACAAACAUGCAUACACACUUGAAAUGUUCUCAUCAAGAGCUUAGUGUACUGGACACUGUACAAAAAGAAAUAUACACAUCUGGUCCUUGUUUUUUC